AUGACUGCACGUUCGUCCAUCUUCAUAGGUGACCUUGGGAUUGCCGAUGCACUCAUCUCACAAGGCCUACUUGAUGAGUUGGAUGAAGAUCUUUGCAAUGGGAUGUCAGAGUCGAUGGCACUCCACAUCACGAGACCAAGACCGACGCCAGUCACCUUCAAUGCACGUUCACUACUUAACAUUGUCAAGGCGAUAGGCUAUCCUGGCAACAGCAUUACCGAAGACAUACUCAGCCAGUUCAUUGACAACUGCUUUCCUGACACCUAUGAUAGAAGUGAGUCGAGGUUUGCCACCGAGGUAUUAGUCCAAGCCGCUGGAUUCUCGGCUAGAGCGAUGCAGCUCAUCCAAGCUAAGUUCAAUCUCAGGUGCAGCUCCCAAUGUCUUCUGCAGUCGAUUAAGAAGAGAUGUCACGGGACUAUGAGGUUGAUACUCGAACAGAAUGGAAAGUGUCAACUUGAUUACCCCUGCAACAUAAUGGUUUUUCAACUGAUCUGCGAUGGAUCUCUCUCUCUCUCUCUCUUAGACAACUUGAACGAUCGAGACAAGCAGUCUCGUGACCUACUUGACUGCGUAUUGGCCAAUGAGAAUGUGGAAGUGCUUGAUCAUUUGGUGAACAACAUAAUUGAUCUAUCAUCAUUGGGUCAACCAAGAUUGAAAAGAAUGUUAAAGUUUGCUCUCAUCAAGGACUUGGUUCACUAUGUUCAAUCAUUUGUUGGAAUGUUGGGAACAGACUGUCCAUGGCCAGACACAUCCACACUUGGCAAGAUCGUUGAGUACAAUGCCUAUCACUCACUGGAGUACCUCCUCAACACACCAACAUUCAACAUAAUGCCAACAAUACAACGAUUGCGAACCAUAUAUUCGAUCGUUGAUCAUGGUUAUCAAUAUGGUGCUACCCGUGUGAUCAAGUUAUGCAAUGAUCAGAUCGCAGCCAUCACAAUCAAUCAUCAUCAAGGUCACCUUCAGCCAUUCCACCAAGAUUAUGACAAACCAAAGACAGGUCCUUGCUCACAUGAGUUGGAGAGGGGGGUGCACGCUGUAUUUGGUGACAGGAAGCUGGGUAUGAUCAUCAUAGAACAUGUUAGAUUGGUUCACAAGUCACUUGGUGUUGAGAGUGUGAUCAAGGGUUCACAUUUGAUCGAUAGACAUUGUUUGAAUGAUUACAUCAAGUAUGGUGCGACAGAAUGGUUCAUCAAGGCUUACUCCACAUCAACAUCAGUAUCCAACAAUUACAACUUAUCAUUGUUGAGCAUGGCAUUGACCAAGUGUAACAUACCAAUCGUCGACGUACUUCAUCCCAAAGAUGGCAUGCAACAAUUAUGA